UAGUGGAGGAGGGGAACAGGACCUCUUGCAGAGGAAGGAAGGACUGAGUCAGAGAAGCAGAGAGGGAGAGAGAGAAAGAGAGGGAGAGAGAGAGGGAGAGAAGAGUGUCGAAACGCCAGGUCACAAUCAGUUGGGUUUUUCAGGGUGUACUGUAAAGAGCAAUACAGGACAGCGCAAACACAGCUUCUCUGGUUCGUCACACCUGUAUACAUCUUCACACAAAGACGCAGCAACAAAGCCACAAAGGACUACCUAAGGACGAGUAGGACAAAGGUACUAGUUGGAUUUUUAAACGUUUGAGUGAAGUUUUACACAAAAACUUCAGAGAGAACAAAAAAAAAGAAACUUCGAAAACUCCACAAACUCUGGGGGAAAAAGGCGAAGAAGAUCUGGUGAAAGUAACCUUCACUCGUAACGUGACGAGUUUGACUAGGUGGAGUGAAGAGCGCAAAAACAAAACAACCAGGAACACCACUGAGGACGUAAUUGAGCCUUUUUUUCCCGGGGUAUAUAUAUAACGAAGAAAUGAGUCUGUCUCGAAACGGGACUCUGGACAAGUCCCUGACCCAGUUGGGCAACUCGGACCUGGAGCACACCCGCCUCCACCACACCAACUCCCUUUCCUCCAGCACGGUGCCCCCCAGCACGGGCAACGCCGUGGUGGUCCCCCCUCCGUACUCCUCCAUGGCGGGCAACGGCGUGGCAAGCGGCGCCGGAGGAGGAACGAGAGCCGGGUCGGUAGCAGGCGGCCUGGACGACCUGGAGCUGCGGAGCUCGCUGGACUGCUGGGCCUGCUCGGUGCUGGUGACCAUGCAGAACCUGGUGAUCGCCUCCAUCAAUGGCAUGCUGGCCAGCGUCAUCUUCGGACUCAUCAUGCUACCCGCACUCGUCAUGCUGGUCUUCGGCUUCCUCUGCCACUCCUCGGUGCAGCCUCAUGGUACCUCCGUGUACUGCUCCGACCUCCUCAACGACGAGGGCUGCGUGGCCCUGCUGGUGGUGGGUUUCCUGCUGAUGACCCCUCUCCUGGUGCUGGCACUGGCCGCCUACUGCCGCCUGGCGCGCCACCUGCAGCUGGGCCUCUGCUUCAUCCCCUACAGCCGCGCCGUCUACAAGAACCUGCCCGCCUCGCAGCACCGCAGCCUGGCCUGCUGUGGCGGGCAGUCGGCCGGGGACCGGGAGGGUAAGGGCAGCGUCUGGGUGUGAAGGGGUAUUGAGGGUUUAGGGCAGAGAGGGGAAGAGGAGUGUCUGGAUGUGAGGGGGUAUUGGGGGUUUAGGGCAGGCAGGGCA